AUGUCUUACAACUAUCCAUAUCAUGGGAACUCCCCCUCUUCCUCUUCCCAACAACACGAACUUCACGCAUUGAGGUUCUAUCGCUUCCACAAAAGGAAGAACUGUUGGAAGCACUACAAAAUUCCGCACGAAGCAGAGCAGCGUCCUCGUCACCACGAUCUCCAGGUUAUUACUUGGAACGUCGACUUCCAAGCUCCCAGGGUCAAUGAACGGAUGACUGGAGCGAUCGAUUACCUGAGGAACGCACUUCUAAAGGGUAAUAGCCCACCACAUUGUGUUAUUCUGCUGCAGGAAGUACAUUCCAAGGCGCUACCCGUGCUACUUGCAGAUCCAUGGAUUCAAAAAUAUUUCUUCGUCACUCCCAUCGAUAAUCUCAAAUGGCCGGUACCCAACAUCUACGGAAACAUUACACUGAUUGAGCGAUCCGUUUCCAUCAAGGAGGCCGGCAUUUUGUAUUUUGCUCAGACGACGAUGAGCAGAACAGCAAUCGUCACCGACAUUAGGCUCGCCCCACUCGAGCCCGAGCUCUAUCGCGGUAGGCGCGAUCUGACAAUCCGUAUCGUGAACACGCACCUCGAAUCCCUAAAGGAAGGCAAUUCGGUCGAAUGCCGCGCUGAGCAAUUGAUUAUAUGCGCUAAAUUAUUGAGAAUGGAGGAUCCAGCCGCAUACGCAGGAAUUAUUGGCGGAGACUUCAACGCCAUUGACGAUGACGCGGAAGAACAAAUCCGCGACCUUAGGCUAUCUGAUCCUGGGGAACCCAGCCAGUUUGCUGACGCAAAGGAGUUUCAUACAUGGGGCUUUCAUGAAACGAAACCUCUAAAAUUUCCUACCUGCAGAAUGGACAAGAUUGUCUUCACCCCUCACGGAGAGGUCACGCUCGACCCUCCGGUAAUAUUUGGCCAAAAUGCGAAAACGGAGGAGGAGGAAUGGGUCAGCGACCACUAUGGUUUAUUGACGACGUUUAGUGUUUGA